UUCUGAAGUCUAUGAUAUCCUUCAGUCUUCCAACAUGUCAGACAUGGACAAUGUGAAUGAGAUGAAUUACCGUCGACGGAAAGCACAGUUUUUCCUUGGCAGCACAAAUAAGCGUGCCAAGACAGUGGUUUUGCAUAUAGAUGGCCUUGAUGAUUCGUCUCGACGGAAUCUUUGUGAAGAAGCCUUGUUGAAAAUUAAAGGUGUUAUUAGUUUUACCUUUCAAAUGGCUGUUCAAAGGUGCGUGGUCCGAAUUCGCUCAGACUUAAAAGCAGAGGCAUUGGCAACGGCAAUAGCAUCAACCAAAGUUAUGAAGGCGCAGCAAGUUGUGAAAAGUGAAAGUGGUGAGGAGAUGCUAGUUCCGUUCCAGGAUACUCCAGUGGAAGUCGAGCAGAACACAGAUCUACCUGAAUAUUUACCAGAAGACGAAAGCCCUACUAAGGAGCAGGACAAAGCAGUGUCUCGUGUUGGGUCACACCCAGAAGGUGCAGCAAGUUGGCUCAGCACGGCAGCAAACUUUCUAUCGAGAUCUUUCUACUGGUGACUUGUAUUUGGUGUUAAAAGACUGUGUGAAUGAACAACAGGGGGGCCAGUUUUCCAUUGGUGUGGUGAACUGCCAAGUGCAAUUUGCAAUAAAUCAUCACGAAAAUUUUAGAUUAAGCAAAUGUAUGCUGCAUUUUACAUUUUAUUGGACGUUUAGGGCAGGGGUCAAAGGACAGAGGCCUCCAAUCAAGUUGUUCUUCCGUUUGUUUUUCAUGUAGAUUUUAUUGCAUCACUUUUUAAAAAUGGGUCCACUGUUAUAUACCAAAUGUUUAUGCUAUACGUAUAGAGCUUUAAGUUUGACUUCACUGAAACACAUGGUAGGGAGAAUCCAUUCAACUCAAGUCUCAGGGCCUCUGUGAAAGAAAAUUCUUAAUAGCUCUAGUUGUGCUUUAAAUAAAAUGCCCCUUUUGUUUCUGCAUCCCUUUGGAUUAACAUUAUUUUGUUUAAUUUUCUAGAUUUUGACUCCAGAGAAAAAUACAGUCUGCCACUUUUUUUGCCUUUAUUUUUGCCAACCAUGUUCACAGCGUGAGCACGAUGUUCCCCUUUUGCUAUUAAACUAGAAUCACUACAGACUUGAAAUGUAUAACCCUUUUAUAUAUACUGAAUUUUUUUCCCAGCCCGCCCUUAACCGUUGGAGUGCUUAAGA